UAACUCUUAGACCUGCACACAAUUAAUUCUCUCUCUUUCUUUCUCUAGGCUCCACAGUUAAAUCCACAAUAAAGCUCCUCCUCUCUCUCUCUCUCUCUCUCUCUGUGUGGUUCUUUUAGAGAGAUUGAAGAUGCAUGAUUUGUUGAAGUGCCUCUUGGGCAUAUGCCAAGCUAAAGCUCCAAUAGAGACCUCAUCAACAACGAUGAUUGAAGGGUGGUUAGUGCUUAAGAAGAAAAAUGUUUUGGAUUUUAACGAUUUCCACCUCUCCUUUCUUGAUAACUUGGACGAAUUCUUGGGCAAAAGGGUCUCCCUGCAACUUGUUAGCGCCACACACGCUGAUCCAGAGAGGGGAUUGAAAGGAAAGCUGGGGAAAGCCGCAUACCUGGAGGAAUGGAGCAAGAAACACGAUGGGCUUGCUGUUGGGGAAGCCCAAUUUAUUGUCAAUUUCGAGUGGGAUGAGAGCUUUGGCAUUCCUGGUGGCUUUAUAAUAAGGAACGAGCAUCAUGCCGAGUUCUAUCUCAAGGCUCUCACCCUACACCAUGUUCCUGGGAAGGGCAGGGUUCACUUUGUCUGCAACUCUUGGGUUUACCCCGCCAAGAAAUACAAUUCGGAUCGCGUCUUCUUCUCCAAUGAGAGUUAUCUGCCUAGUGAGACACCAUUAGCAUUGAAGAAGCUGAGAGAAGAAGAACUGUUGAACUUGAGGGGAAAUGGAGUUGGAGAGCUUAAAGAGUGGGAUCGAGUUUAUGAUUAUGCUUAUUACAAUGAUCUUGGUAAUCCAGAUGAUCCUGAUCUUGCUCGUCCUAUUCUUGGAGGCUCCAAAGAGUUCCCCUACCCUCGCAGAGGAAGAACAGGAAGACCACCCACAAAAACAGAUCCCAAGUUUGAGAGAAGACUGCCAUUGCUAAGUCUUGACAUUUAUGUCCCAAGAGACGAGAGGUUUGGGCACCUUAAGAUGUCUGAUUUCUUGGCCUAUGCUUUGAAAUCAAUUAAUCAAUUCUUGUUGCCCGAGAUAAAGGCCUUAUUUGGCAAAACACCAGAUGAGUUUGAUAGCUUCGAAGAUGUGAUGAAGAUGUAUGGGGGUGGGAUCAAGUUGCCUGAGAAUGAAGCCCUUGACACAUUAAAGGGACUCAUCCCUUUCGAAAUGAUCAAAGAACUUCUUAGAACUGAUGGAGAGAGAUUCCUCAAAUUCCCAUUGCCUCAAGUCAUCCAAGAGGAUAUGAUGGCUUGGAGGAGUGAUGAGGAAUUCGCCAGGGAGAUGUUGGCCGGUGUAAAUCCUGUUGUGAUCCGAAGCCUAAAAGAAUUUCCACCAAAGAGCAAAUUAGAUGGCUCAAAGUACGGAAACCAAGAUAGUAGCAUCAGGGCGCACCAUAUCGAAAGCAAUCUACAGGGAUUAACGGUGGAUGAGGCAUUGAAGAAGAAUAAAUUGUUUAUCUUAGAUCACCAUGACACCUUCAUGCCUUACCUAAACCGCAUCAACUCCACAACAACCAAGACAUAUGCUUCAAGAACCCUCCUCUUUCUCCAAAAUGAGGGGACCCUCAUCCCCUUGGCCAUUGAGCUUAGCCUUCCGCACCCUGAUGGUGAAAUCCAUGGAGCUAUCAGCAAGGUUUUCACUCCUUGUGACAGUGGUGUUGAGGCCUCUGUUUGGUUGCUUGCUAAGGCCCAUGCUGCUGUUAAUGAUUCUGGCUUCCACCAACUCAUUAGCCACUGGUUAAACACGCAUGCAGUGAUAGAGCCAUUUGUGAUAGCAAGCAACAGGCAGCUAAGUGUGCUCCAUCCCAUCCAUAAGCUUUUGCACCCACAUUUUAGAGACACAAUGAACAUCAACGCUUUGGCGAGGCAAACACUGAUCAACGCUGGAGGAAUUUUGGAGAUGACUGUCUUUCCGGGCAAAUACGCCAUGGAAAUGUCUGCCGUGGUCUAUAAGAAUUGGGACCUCACCAGACAAGGACUCCCGGCGGAUCUCUUAGACAGAGGGAUGGCCGUGGUCGACGAGAAAAAGCCCUACAAGCUCCGCCUCCUCAUCGAGGACUACCCUUACGCAGUCGAUGGCCUCGAGAUAUGGGACGCCAUCUCCACCUGGGUCCAGGAAUACUGCGCCAUUUACUACCCAUCAGACACUGUUGUCGCCUCAGACACUGAGCUCCAGGCCUGGUGGACCGAGGUGCGCAAUGUAGGCCACGGCGACAAGCGAAAAGAGCCAUGGUGGCCCGAAAUGAGAACCAUUCAUGAACUCACUGACACCAUAACCACCAUGAUCUGGGUUGCCUCUGCUCUUCAUGCUGCGGUAAAUUAUGGUCAAUAUCCCUAUGCAGGAUACAUGCCCAACCGCCCCACCAUAAGCCGACGCUUCAUGCCUGAACCAGGGACUGCGGACUACGAGAAACUCGAGUCGGACCCUGAUGGGUACUUUUUGAGUACCGUUACAAACCAGCGGCUAACACUUCUGGGAGUUUCCUUGAUCGAGAUACUGUCAAGGCAUUCGUCCGAUGAGCUGUACUUGGGCCAGAGGGAGUCUCCCGAAUGGUCGGCAAAUGAGCAGGCGCUGGCCGCCUUCGAGAGGUUCGGGAAGAGGCUGGAGGAGAUCGAGCGGCUGAUCACGACAAGGAACGCAGAUCACCGGCUGAGGAACCGGUUAGGGUCCGUCAGGGUGCCCUAUACACUCCUCUACCCCAGUACGUCUGAUAUCGGCACCCUCGGGGGGCUCACCGGAAGAGGCAUACCCAACAGUAUCUCCAUUUAGGACCACAAACAAACACACACACUCUCUCUUUUCCUCAUACGACGUCUCUUAACUUCAUCCCUUUGCCAAUACUCCUUGAAUCCUAUUCUUAUCUAUUUGUUUAUUUUAUUUGGGCAUCUAAAGGGUUGUGUUAUGUAAAGUUGUAAACCUUUUGAAUGAUCUUUUAUUUAAUGAUUGAUUGUUGCGUGUUUGGAAAA